AUGGCUUGGCUUUCAUCUAUUGGCUGGCUCGCGUGCGUCGUGCUGAUCAUCAAUCUCUCCACACUUGCGGAAGCCGCGGAGUCGAUCUUUUGGUACAACCAGCCUUUUUGUACGAAGGCCAGGGCCGGAUAUUAUGUCGCCAAAUCUGGGGCAACCUCAGAAUUGGCUUGCAAGCAAGGCACCUUCAACUCGGUUCAAGGUGCCACUGGAUGCUGUUCAUGCUGCGCUGGUUGGUUCAAUAAUAAAUAUGCAUCGACAAGUUGUCAAAAGUGUCCGACCCGUUCUCCGUAUUCUCCUCCCGGCGCAACGUCAUGUACCCCAUGGAAAGGUCUCUACGCGCCGCUCCCUCGUUGUUACAUGGACGGACGGAAUUGUCCCAUCACUUUCAUCGAUGAUCCUAGCUCGGCGGCGGCCCCCAUCCGACGGUCAGAACCAGGCAUCCCAACUUGCACCACACCCAGGGAGCGUGCUUGCCCAGUUUACAGGAUUCGCAACGGCGUUCGCACCCAAAUCGGCCACAAAUGCCAGGUCAUCUCGAACGACCUUUGGUCUUGUGGUGGGUGCCCAAAUGACGACCGUGAGGAAUAUUCGGGCAAAGACUGCACGGAAAUUCGGAACGCAGACUCGGUGCAAUGUAUCAAGGGACAGUGUGUUGUUCACUCUUGUAUAGCCGGCCAUACGCGCUCAGAGGAUCAUGCUGCUUGCAUCUCCAUGGCCGCGCAUGAGGGAUUGGUAGAACAGAGUCUACCCGAGUUGACGAAAGACUGGGACCUUUACUGA